AUGGACAGACGCGAACCCAGUCCCGACUCCUUAGCGGAGUCGAAUGAAAUUGAAUAUCUCUACCUUGAGCUGGAGACCCCGCUACCUACCCCAUGCAUUACUUUACCCCCAGCUGCGGGUCAAUCUGCACCACCUGAGGCGCCGAGCUUGGAAAAGUACACUUCGCCUUUUCUGUGGCCGAAGUGGCGCAAAUGGAUGAUGACUUGGAUUGCUUGUGCGGUUACUGCGCUGGCUGGUUACUCCGCUGGAGAGGUUAGUCCGGCAUCGAGCGAAUUGUGUAAGGAAUGGGGAAUCAGCUCUGUGGUUUAUAACCUCAGUAUCACGAUCUUCUGUAUCGGGUUUGCACUUGCACCUAUGGCUCUGGCUCCAUUUUCGGAAAUCAACGGUCGCCGGCCCAUUUUUGUUGCUAGCGGCAUUAUCUUUGUUGGUAUGUAUUUUGAAAUCAUGAUUAUGAAGGAUGACACUGACGGUAGUUUUGCAGCUUGUCUGAUUGGAUGUGGAGGAACGAACUCGUUCGCCGGGUUGCUGGUCGCCCGUUUCUUCCAAGGAUGUAGCUCCUCGACAUUCUCGACUAUGGUCGGCGGGGUGAUCAGUGACAUUUUCCAUGCACACGACCGAAACACUCCCAUGGCGCUCUUCUCCGGCGCUGCCUUGUUCGGAACCGGUCUGGCACCUAUGCUAGCAGGUGCUGUCGUCACCCACACCACCUGGCGCUGGAUCUACUACUCGCACGCGAUCGUCUCCAGUGUCUUCGUAGUUAUCAUUUAUUUCUUCUUCAAAGAGACACGCGGAAGUGUCAUUCUAAGCCGCAAAGCCAACGCCUUGAACAAAUAUUACGAAAAACUCGAGGAGGCCGGUCAUGUCGGCGUGAUCACAUUUUCCGAGGAGCAGCCCACGGAGAAGAACAUCCGACGGAUUCGAUGGAAAGUGGAGAGCGAUGAGCAGCGCACUUCAUUGCUAACUGCAGUUCAAAUUUCGCUGUAUCGGCCUUUCCACAUGCUCUUCACCGAGCCCGUGGUCUUCUUUUUCUCUUUGUGGGUAUCCUUCAGCUGGGCUACGCUCUACCUCCAAUUCAGCUCCAUCCCUCUGGUCUUCGAAACAAACCACCACUUCAACGUCGAACAAACCGGUGCCGUCUUUACUUCCCUCUGCGUCGGUGUCAUUAUCAUCACCAUAAUCAGCAUCUAUCACGAAAAAAUUGGCGCAGUAAUCGGAAGAGGAAAAAUUCCCUCAUCAGCCGAAGGCCGACUCUACUACGUCUGCAUUGAAUCCAUCCUCCUCCCAAUCGGUCUAUUCUGGUUCGGCUGGACUUCUUACCCAUCGGUACCUUGGAUCGUGCCGACUCUUGCUGUCGGAUGUGCGGGCAUGGGUAUCUUUUCCAUCUACCUUGCGACAUUCAAUUAUCUCGCGGAUACGUACCACCGAUACGCCAGCUCGGCGAUUGCGGCGCAGUCUUGCUGCCGGAACCUACUUGGUGGUGUCUUCCCAUUAGUUACGGCUGCUAUGUUUACGAACCUUGGAUACCCCGAGGCAUCUAGUCUGCUGGGUGGAAUUGGACUUGUCCUUACACUCGUGCCUUGGAUCUUGGCUUUCUACGGACCGAGGAUUCGAGCCCGCAGCAAGAUGGCUAGUGAGUUGAAUAAGUGA